CCCUGAUGAAAUACUUGAAGUUGUUCCAUUAUCAGUACCAAUUUCCUACACGGUUUUGAAUAACUCCAGAUUGACCAACACUCUUGCUACUCUCACUAAAGGAACAUAAACCUUAAUUCUAUUAUGGCUGGGCGUCGCCGUCCAGUAACGCGCCAGACAGAGUCUAUCGAUCCUAUUAGUAGCCAUGUCACAAGGCAGACCCGACAAAGUGCCAGACGCCCUGAGCCUUCUACAGAAUCUGAAUCCCAGCAUCAACUUGAAAUGUCUCGAACCAGCACCUCACGUCGUCGCCGCAAGAGCCUUGAAAGUGUUGCCAUGGAUAAUUCUCCAAAAGGCGUUCCUAAGCAUGAUGGGCCGGGAUUGGAAGAUCAAGGCUUACUUCCAGUAAAGGAAUAUACUUCGCCCCAGAAUACUCCAUUGUCUGGGACAGAGGACUCUCAUGUAUCACCUGAAAUGAAUGCUGAUAGAAUGCAAGACAUGCUUGAUUUUGACAUCCCUAAGUUAACACGCUGGUCCGGUAAACUAUACGAUAUCUUGUCCACUCUCGACGGUAGCAAGUCAAAUGUGGAUGAUCAGGGAAAAUUAAGCAGCUACAGGAAAUCCUAUAUUCAUGCCCGUCUCCCCUUUGCUACCGGUAAAACGCCCUUCCUCAAACCUGUUCACCUGCCCGAAGAGUAUGAUCAGGUGGUGCGAACCAAGAUCCAAGGUGCUAUCUGCUCUGGAAACCUCGUGUCACUCCUCACAUUACUUCUAGAUGUCGAACUAGGGAAAGAAAGGCCAUGUGCAGUUCUUGAGCAAUUAAAUGAUACUUUUCCAACUUUAUUCAUCCCAGCUUUUCCCGAGGAUAACGACGAUAUUAAAAGGAUCUUCGACCUGGCAUUUCGUGUUCGAUGCCGCCUUCUGGUCGAGUCACUUGUCUCUGCCGGCUCUACUACACCGUUCGAAGGAUCCUUCGCAUUAGCUACUGGUAUCUUCUGUAGGGAGACUAUAGAUGAUGCCGACAGCGCCCGAGAGGCAUUACGCAAAGGGCCAUAUAGACCGCUUGCUGGGAUAGAAAUCAGCGACUAUGAAAUUCCCCACAGAACUUAUCGGGAACUCAUUCAGGAAUUUAUGUCCAAGUUCCCCAUUACCGAUAUCUCUACAUUUCAAGCAUCUCUAGACGCAAAGCUCACCCAGGCAUCGAUCUUCAGUGAUAUUAGGUCGUGGGCUCUCAGGAUGUACCGGCAGCUCAACAAGACAACAGGCCAAGACAAAUUCUGCCAUGUAAAUGCUACCAAUGAAAACUCAAGGUCUCGAGUGCCCAUUGAACGCGCAGAAUCGGAAUCUUUGUUUGUCGAUAAUGGCGAUGGGGCCGGCGAUGACUCGAACUCGGAAUCGGAUAUAGAUAUUGGGGGAUAUGAUCAACUGCCACUACAAGGAUCCAGCCAGAAUUAUAUCAAUAGUUCCGCGACUCUGACGGCUGUGAGGGAGAGUGAAGAAAAGGCCUUAAUGCACCCAAUACUAAAAUCACCUUCAGAUCAACGAGCCGUGAAGGGGAAAGAAAAGGCGUCAGAUACGAGGGAUGCAAUACGUCUCCUGGAGCCAGGGCAGAUCCUCGGGCCUGCGCGGAAACGCUCGUGGCCUGAUGGGGAUAGCGAUGAUUUUGAAGUGAAUGAGCAACUACUUCUUAGUGAGCCUCGGGGAGUUCUUAAUAAGCACGCGACUAUUCAAAGGCCAUCAUCCUCGCGUCCACGAUUCUCCAAACAACCUCAGUCUAGUAACUAUCAGGACCUAUCACCGCUGGCCGCAAGAAACCGAGAAACUUCUAGCACACAGCCACCAGAUGAUUUUCAAGACGAUUAUAAUCUACAGGGUCGAGACAUUCUGGUACUUAGCCAGAAUGCCCGGAAUAUUCGGCGAGCGAAUCAUUCAACCAAACCCAGACAAACCCGCACACCAUGGUCUGCAUAUGAUACAUCGAGACUUGUGGAUCUAAUAGCUGACCCUUCGUUAAACUGUUCCUGGAGUGCAAUGGAGAAGGCAGGUGGGUUUGAGCACCCACGAAACCAGCAGGCCUUGCGUGACAAGGCCCGUGGUCUAAAGGUUUGGUAUCUUGAAGGUGACAGAAUCUUGCCUCCGGGCUUCGAUCAGGUUGCUUUAGGUCAAAAAGAGAAGGACUCAGUCAUCAAGUGUGGGAGGAACCCCAAUCGACGAGAAGAUGACCUAGAUGAAACCGGUCAAGUUACGAGUAACAUAUGGGCCGGAUAAGAUUACGAGCAAACAUUAGUUCAUUGGCUGUUUGCUCAAUUUGCAUGUUAGCUCGGGUCUAAGUAGUGGAGAGAUGGAAAUAUCUAUAUAAGAAGCUGGGAGAGUAGAAAUAAUUCACUUUAUGAUCUUCCAUAUCUUCCCAUACCCUUAAGAUAUCUUUUCGGG